GGAAAAAGAAUAGUUACGGCGCGUGUUGUUUAGAUGGCACCACCAGUAUUACGCGUGCGUCGAUUUUUGAUGUAUAAUUUGAAACUUCGUUCUCUUGUAUCUAAAGAUAUUUAAAAGUUUUCAAACAGAUGAAUCGAAACUCGAAUUAUUUAAUAUUAUCAUUGAAAUUAAUCAAUUACUCGAGAUUUACAAAUGUUUUUCAAUAGUGCUGGUGAAGGAUGAAUUAUUUGAACAGUAUAGGAGGCAGCGGUACGAGUACUGAUUCUGGACUCCAAUUGAACAAUGUCGAAGUGCUGUAUACUAAAGUGCAAAAGGUUUAUAUAAAACCUCAACAUAAAGAAGAAAGACAACGUGAACUUAGGGUGAACGUUGAAACUCAUGCUGGUCUUAGUCCUGUUUGUCGUAAGAGUUUAUGUGUUUUAUUGUCAGACGAUGAUGAUCCUUGCUUUUUAUAUUCUUUGUUUAUUGCUGAGGAAGAUUUUAAAGUACUGAAAGCUCAACAAGGUUUAUUAGUUGACUUUGACAAUUUUGCAACUCAAUUAAUAUGUUUAUUAGAACAAUGCAAUGUACCUGGUUCCAAUGUGUCAAAAGCACCACCCAAAUUUCUUUUGCUAUUAGCAGAAGAAAAUGGAGAAUGGACAUUCAAACUGGUUGAAACUAAUAAUUUUAAACAUCUAUGCCAUUUAAGUUUAUUCAUAUCUCCUGCUAACGAUUUUGAUUUGAGAACUCAUAUGGCUAUGAAAAUAAAACAAUUAAAAGAAAAUGUUUUACAAAAGAAUAGAGAUGUAGUUGGUUUAGAAACGCGAUUGAAUGACUUGACUAUUAAAUUUGAAUCUAAAACUAAAGAAUUAGAUCAAUUAGAACAAAGAUAUUUAGCAGAAAAAAGUCAAAUUCAAAUUAAUUCUACUCAGCAAAUAAGUAUCGAAAAGGACAGAUUUGCUCAGGCAAGGCUAGAAUGGCAACGUCAAAGCGACAAAGACAAAAUGGAGUUAGAACUUAGACAUACAGAAACUUUAAAACAAUUACAUGCUGAACUUGCUGAAUUGCGUACACAAAAUAUGAGUUAUAAGGAUAAAUUGUCAUAUCUUGAAGCCACUAACAAAGAGCAGAGUAAACAAUUACAGAAUAUUGAAAAAGAAUUAAAUCUUGCCCAAAAAGAAUUAGCACUUUUAAAGAAACAAAAUUCAAAAUUAGAUAUAGAUUUUCACGAAAAAGAUAAAGCCGUUAAUGGUUUACGUACGAAAGUAGCUGUACUUGAUCAAGAAUUAAAAGAUAAGGGUGUAAUUAUUAAUAAACAUAUGGAAAUGUUAAAAACAGCGAAAGAACAAAAACAACAAUUGGAGGAACUUUUAGCUGAUAAGGAAGGCCAAUUACAACGCAAACAAAAUUCUUUGAGAAGUUUAAGCGACGAGUUAGUAAAAGCUAAUGAAAUAUUAACAAAAUUACAAAAUGAAUUAGCUUCUACUAAAUCUAAAUUAAAACUGAGAACAAGUAUAGCAUUGGAACAAGAAAGAUUAUUAGAUAGUAAACAAAAGGAAGUUGGUCAAUUGGAAAGUAAAAUGGAAAUUGUAAAUAAAGAUAUUAAAGAGGCGAAAGUAGAAAUAGAACUCUUAAAAGAACAAGCAAAAGUAUUACAAAAUCAAUUGGAAGAAAAAGACAAAGUAAUCAAAAAUAACGAUAAUGUAAUCAAUUGGUUGAAUCGUCGUUUAGCUGACAAUCAAUCACCACUUCAGAGCACUACUACUCCAGCUCCAGUUACUAUUCCAUCAUCUGUACAAUUAACUUUACCAAGAUCAAACAAAUUAUAUGCAAAUAGAUUUGAAACACGAACACCUGCACCUGGCACUAUAGCACCUACUACAUUAUCAGGGUUGCCAUUAAAAAAUCCAAUAGUUCAAAAUCCAAAUAUUAAUCAAACUACUCGUACAACUGCCAGAUCCAUGGGAGUAGGAGAUAGUACAAUGGGUUUGUCUUCUAUUAACAAGGCUGGACAAAUUUCUAGUACCAGUACACCAAUGGAUCGCAUUAAUACUCUAAAUAAAUUACCAGGGAAUAUGCCAGGUAUGUCAUCUGUACCAGCUAUUGUAGAAAGUAAUAAUCCAUGCAUAUCUUCGAAUGGAACCAAAACAAAAGGUUCAAAUGUGGCAUUACAAGGUGGGUUAAGAAGAGCUGGUCUGUCGGACAAACAAAUUUUGCCUUCUGCUUAUUUCCCCAAAACUUUACAUUGACAAAGUUGCCAGACACAAUUUUGAUAAAAAAUAUAGUAUAAUUAAAUAAUUUAAUAUAUAUAUAUAAAAAAAUGUUAUCUAACAAAGUAUUUUUUUCAAAAUCAAAAUAUUUAGCUAAUAUAAAAGUAAUGCUGCCAUAAAUGUUGAAUCAAAAUUAUGAAUCAAACAAAAGUGUGGUAGUAUUUUAAAUUUAUUAUUAAGUGAAAAAGUACAAAAAUGUACAAAUAAGGUAUGAUCAAGAUAAGUAUUAUUACAUGACGUUUUUUAAAAACAAGAAUCUAAUACUUAUUAGUAUCAUAACCACAUAUAAAUAGACAAUUUUGUACAGUUUGAAGGUAAAAAUUGCACAGAUGCAAACACAUAUAUAUAAAUAUAAUUAAGAUAGUAUAAUGUUUGAUCUCUUAUAUUAUAAACAUAUUUACAACUACGUAUCUAUACCUGAAAAAAAAAAUGUUUAUUGAUCAUGUGCUGUUAAUGAAAAUAGUACCUUCCGCUUCUCAGUUUUUACUGAGACAGCAGGUCAUAUGUACCUGUAUCCAAGCAUGGAUUGAAAAUUGGUACUUUUGGUGCGUAAACGAGCUUUUAAAUUUAGAUAAUGACUUUAAAAAAUAUUUAUAAAAUGUUUUUGUUAAUGUGCCCUGAAGUAUCAAUUUUAAACAGUAACUGAAAAUAAGGUUUAUAAUAAAACCUACAAUGUGCGUCAUGUUAAUCACAUUUUUAUAUGCUAUAAAAAAUUAUGAUCACGUAUUAAUAGAUAUCUAACAAAGGCAUAAUUUAAUAAUAUAUAAAUCCAAUUAAGACUGUAAUGACUAUCAUAAAAUAAUUAGAUAUAUAAACAUUCAUCAAUUAGAUAUAAAAAUUAAAUAUUAAGAACUAAUGUGCCUUAUAUAUAUACAAGAUAGACUGGAAAAAUUCGUUACAUUCAAACUUUUUAGAGGGUUUUUCUACAAAAAAAUGUUUUAAUAUAUUAAUACAAUGACUCAUUAAAUACCAUGCAUGAAUCUCCACCGAACAAAUAUAAUGCAAUGGAUUGUUUCUAGUCUACCAGGUAUUUCAUUUCUUAUGACUUAUUAUUUGCACAGUAGUAAAUGAAAAUAUAAAUUUUAAAUAAUAAUAUAGUCCAUGUAUUAAUUUUUUAAAAAUAGAAUUUCGAUAAACGAGAAUAUGAAGAGCUUAAGCAUGCCAAUUUAUUAAAAUACACUGACAAACAGUAUUAAAUGUAAUAGAUAAUAGAUA